CAAAACAGAGAGCGCUCAGUCAUUACCUGCGGUGGAGGCAGUUUGAGCUCUAAGAUUAAUAAAAGGCUCCACCAUCAUACUGACAUACUGAUGAUAACUUUGAGAAACAUCAGCUGCCUCCUGACUGUCGUGGAACUUAAGACACUGGACACAAAAUACUAACUGCUACUGUGUGAUUCCCUGUCCUGUCGUUCAGACUUUCUGAUCACCUUCUCCUGGAGCUCUUGGAACCAGAACUUUGGAGACUAAUUUCUUGGGUGUGUAAGGCUUGGCAGGCCGAGCUACAGUCUGUUGACGUAUGGCGAUUAACACUGAUGUUGAGGACUGGGGCAGGGUUGGGAGUAAUGACUCAGGAGAAAGGGCGUGGCUCUUGCAGAGCCCCAGUGUGGAUUCCGACCGGCAUCUUGAGACAGACAGGAGGAGGAGCGGGGGCGUGUCGUCUUUGGGAGCGGUCUUCAUCGUUGUGAACGCAGCACUGGGAGCAGGUCUACUCAAUUUCCCUGCAGCCUUUAAUAUGGCAGGAGGAGUAACCGCAGGAGUGAUGCUUCAAAUGUUCAUGCUGAUCUUCAUAAUAAGUGGACUGGUGAUCCUGGGCUACUGCUCGCAGGUCAGUAACGAAAGCACCUAUCAGGAGGUUGUUCGAGCCGCGUGUGGGAAAGUGACAGGAGUCAUAUGUGAAGUAGCCAUAGCUGUCUACACCUUCGGGACUUGUAUUGCUUUCUUCAUCGUCAUUGGAGACCAGCUGGACCGCUUGAUAGCUGCAGUGGCUCAUGAAACAGAUGGUACAGUCAGCGGCUACUGGUACACUGACCGCAAAUUUACCAUCGUUGUUACUGCGGUCCUGGUUAUUCUUCCUCUCUCUAUCCCCAAAGAGAUUGGCUUUCAGAAGUAUGCCAGUGCACUCAGUGUGAUGGGAACCUGGUAUGUUACCAUCGUGGUCAUUAUAAAGUACAUCUGGCCGGAUAAAGAGGUGACUCCAGGCUUUGUUCCCACCAGUUCUUCUUCCUGGACUGCAGUUUUCAAUGCAAUGCCCACCAUUUGCUUUGGUUUCCAGUGCCAUGUCAGCUGUGUGCCAGUGUUCGACAGCAUGAGCAGGAAAGAGAUCAAACCUUGGGGAGUUGUAGUCACUCUUAGCAUGAUUAUCUGUCUCUUCGUUUACACAGGAACAGGUGUCUGUGGCUUCCUGACAUUUGGCUCCAACGUCAGUCAGGAUGUGUUGAUGUCGUACCCUCCUGAUGAUAUUGCUGUGGCCAUCGCAAGAGCGUUUAUUGUCAUCUGUGUCAUCACCUCCUACCCCAUUUUACACUUCUGUGGCAGGGCAGUUAUAGAAGGACUUUGGCUGCGCUUCCAAGGCGAGCAGGUGGAGGUUUGUGUCCGUCGUGAGCAGAGGAGGAGGAUCCUGCAGACGCUGGUGUGGUUUGUUGUCACCCUCGUCCUCGCCCUCUUCAUCCCAGAUAUUGGUCGGGUGAUCUCACUGAUUGGUGGAUUGGCAGCCUGCUUUAUCUUUGUAUUCCCAGGUUUGUGUUUGAUGCAAGUCAAACUGUCAGAGACAGACAACCGAUCUGCAAGCUGGCAUGGAUUGGUGGUCUUCGGUGUUGUCAUGGUUACGAUUGGAGCUUUCAUCUUCGGCCUCACCACGACCAACUCCAUCUAUCAAGACGUAGUCAGUUAAAGGAACAUUUUUUUAUUGGAGGCAGCGUUGUCCUCGUUAAAGACUGAGUGUGUGUGGGGGUGCUUAGUCCUUUGCUGCUAUCCUGAACUGCUGGAGAGGCAUCUCAUGACACUCAUUUAAAAAAAAUCAAGACCUCUGUGGCACGUCACAUCCCUGCUCCACGUUGAGUUACAGCUCCACCGUUCUUUACUCGGUCAGGUCGUAGUCAGAAACACCCCACAAUGCCAAGUGACUUCAGAUUCUUCGCCUUUCAUUUUAUGUGAAGCUGAAUUUGCAUGUUAAAUGUUUUUAUGAUGAUUUUAACUUGCAGUGAAAACAGUUUUUGACAGAUUAGCUGGCACAGAAUGGCUUCCUUGGUCUCUGGACCCCGUUUGGGUGACACAUUCCUGUCCUGUUUACAAGAGCUGAAGGACUUUGAAAGGUCUUACAAUCAAAUUGAUUUUUAUAAUGAAAUUGUACCAAUUUCUGUAUUUUAACUUGCAUGUGAAAGGAACUGUUUCUUAUUGAAAAUCGUGUGCUGUGGUUCCCAGGUCCAAAUCUGAUUCAUGAGUUGAAAAGUGAGGUUUUCAACUAUUUCGGCACGGCAAAGAAAUCAUAUUACAUUUUUAAAUACAUUCAUUUUUUAAUUUUCUUGGUUUCUUACAUAUUUUAUAAAGUUAGUACUAUAAUGAUUUUAAUAAUUUGUUUGAGGUUAAAUCAUAUAAAAGCUUUGUCCAAGUAAGUUGCUUUAAAAUGACUAGUUACUUCAAAAAACGGUUAACUGCCAGACAGGCUGACAACCACAGCAGCGCGCCUCUGCAAACACUGCACAGACCUGCAGGGUGUCCGACACGAGCAGCACAUUCAGGAUAUGUAACACCUCUACACUCUUUCAUGGGUGCUGAUUCCUCACAGGUUUGGAAGUGAGACUGUUUUGUGAAUGUAUAAAAAAAAAAAUAUGGAUGUAACCUACAGACUUCAGUUUGCACAUAAUUUACAGAUAACGAUUGGUCUUGAUCCUCAGGUUAGAGACAGCUUGUCUCAGUGGGGAGAAGCCAACGAGUCAGACACGGAGUGUGAGGUUUAACUUGCUUCAGUCUGCACACGGCGCUGAACACUUUUCUAGUUUCUAGUUGUUGUUUUUUGAUCCUAAAACCAAAGUUUGAAGCUUUCAUUUGUUUUCAUGCCCCAGUAUUCAUGAUCUUAUUUAACACUAAUUUAAGAUAACACAAUUGCUGAGAUAAUUAACUUGGAUUGCAAAUUCAGCUAAUGUCAUUUCAUGAAAUUAGUUUUUCAACCAAACUGCAAAUGCAGCUGCAAAGUUUACAGUGACAGGGUUAAUCAAGGCUGAACUGAGUGGAUUUAAUCCCUAGUUUUACAUUUAUUGAAUUGAGAGAUUCAAGGCUUGACAGUCUUUCCAGGUUUUAUGCAACCCAGAAAUUUUGCGUUUUUCUUGCAGACAUGAGGGACAGAAUGUGAAAGGGAUUUUUUUUUUCUGGAAAAGCAAUUAUAUUGCACUAGACACAGUGUUGGACUAAAUACAUGCACCAUGUAAUUUAGAGGAGGGGAAAGACGCUGGAGUGAAAACAGUAAUGCUGUCUGUGACCUGUCUGUGUGCUUUUAUUUAACAUUUCUUGCAAUGAUUGUUGAAAUACAACUACUUUUUAUGUUUUUUUUGUCAUUGAAUCAUUUGUGUUAAAUGUUUUGGGUUUUUUUUAGCCUUUUUGGUGCUGCAGACAACCUUGUCUUGGUCAUGAGUGAAUGUCAGGUCAAGAUUUCUGUCACUGACUUACUGUGUUUUCAGGCUAAAGGUGUUCACCCCCCUAAGGCAUUUGUUAAUAAGAAAUCUUGUGUCGUUGUUCUCUGGCUCACAGAGAAAGUUUACUUGGUACGUUAAUGGAAAUACUUAACUACAGGUGAUAUACCAAUAAAUGAACUACAAUCAAGGCAUGUGAAUGACAGUCCGUAUGCUACUGGCAAUUCUUUAAUAAAGAGACAAAUGCAAGUGAAGUUGCAG